UGUCGGCUGUGGCGCUUGUAGGUGAUAUACAUCAACGCAAACGCCUCCUACCGCCUCGCCACUGAGCAUCUCUCACGCCCCUCUCUACGCACCCCAGUGACAAGACCACCUAUAAACGGGUGACCCGCCAGGACACCGUGUUUAGCAACGUUGCCUGGACACAGCUUCCGCAUUCGGUCAGUAACGAGCAUCAUGCCUUCCCAGGUCUCUUAUCCGAGGUGGCCAAAGAGGGACGAAGCCGCCGAGUACUAUGAGUUCCCACCAGAGCACUUUCUCGCACAGCAAGUAAACCCGGCAAAGCAUCGCCUGAGCUUACCGCUGUCAGCCACUGCAGAGAGCUCACAGUCGAACAACACUGACAGCGUGGCAACGACGUCCGGCCCUUCGUUCGACCAGGCGAGUCUUGCCGCCGUCUUCGAGCCAUGGAAGUAUCCCCAGGAAGGCUUGAACUCAGAAAAUGGCAUGCCAGACACCAGCACGCUCGCAGCGGCCGACUUUGAUAUCGACGUACGCACCGGCUUUCUUCCUCCGGAGCCGCCACUGUCUCGCUUAGAUUCACCCUACCACAUCUGGGAGGAUUUGCUCUCUCUUGCUCGGUCAUCUCAUCUCCGCCUGCUUGGUGGGGGAGCAUCAAGUUCUCCAGAAGGCGCUCCGCUGGCGCGUCGGUGGCGCCGUCGUGUCAGGCAGAUGCCUAUCAUUAGCAUCGAGCACGACAUGCACUGCGACAUCAGGAAAGCUCGCAGAGGUCACCUGGUCCUCUCCUUUCUUGCACACUUCUACCUACACAGCCAACCUCAGAGCAGUCAUCAGCCUGAACCCGCAACGUCGUCUUGGAGUGACUUUCGGUGGUUCAAGACGUCUGCUCCGGACAACGAACUCGAGGAAGAAGGUCGAGGCGCUCAUCUGGAUGACAUUCCAGCUCCGAUCUCCAUCCCACUGGUACAGCUCAGUGAAGUGCUCGGCCUUCCUCCCAUCUUGACGUAUGCGACGACAGUCUUGUGGAACUGGGAGCUAUCGGAUCCAGCACGCGGGCUGACUCCGGACAAUGUCAAGAUCGUCGAAACCUUCACAGACACUGAGUCGGAACGUCACUUUUACCUGACAUCUCUCCUCAUCGAAAUGAGAGGUGUUGAGGCUCUCACGCUCAUGCGACAAUCACUAGACGAAGCGUUUGUCGGCGACCGACUCGCCUCUAAACGGCUCACGGACUAUCUCGAGCGGCUCGCGGGUGUCAUCAGCGACUUGACUCGCAUCCUUGCUAAAGUCAGAGAUCAUUGUGUACCCGCCGAGUUCUACUGGGCUAUCCGACCAUGGUUCAGAGGUAGUGAUGCAUCAUUGGCAGGGCGCGGAUGGCACUAUUCAGGAAUCGAUCCGGAGCACGUUCGGCGAAAUUUGGGAGGACCGAGCGCGGGCCAAUCGUCCCUCAUUCAUGCUUUGGAUGUCUUCCUUGACGUGGACCACUCCAGACGAAAGGAGCGCCUCCGCGACCGCACGCCUCGUUCUGUCGAUUUGGGACCAUCAGAUGCCACAUUCAUGGAGCGCAUGUCUUUCUAUAUGCCCAGGCACCAUCGAGACUUUCUCCAUCACCUACGGUCCUUGUCCUUUGAAGAUGUGAGCCAGUCUGAGCCACCAACUACUACCUCACACCAAAGCGGAACACCACAUCCCGUUCGCGCAUUUAUAAUUGACCGCAUAGGCACUGAGCCCACAUUGUCCUUCGCCUACGACAAAGCUCUUAAAGCUCUGAAGAGCCUGCGCGACGAGCACAUGAAGGUGGCAGCGCUCUACAUCAUCAGCCAGUCGCGCAAGAGCCCAACAGCAGUGCACGCAUCCGAUGAUCUGCAGGUACCGAUCACGGUUGCACCGACAGGAAGGGAAACGACUUUGGUUGGCACUGGCGGCACAGACCUCGUCCAGUUCCUUAAAGAUUGUCGCAUCAAUACUGUCGAUGCCAUGAUUCAACCAACGCAUUGAUUGCAAGCAAUACACCCGUUCGCCUUGAUAGAGCUCACCGCAUUGCACCCAUUUCCAGUUGUAUGACAGUACCAAAAUAGAUCCUUGCAUCAUCU